GACAAUUCUUUACAUCUCUACUCCCUGCUCCUAGAACAGUCUCUUGGGCAGAAACACACAGUACAUAUAUGUGCCCAUGUGGGAAUGAAUCAAUGAAUGGGUCAGGGAGGGAAUGCAGACAUCAGUAACCACAAAAAAAGGCAAAAUAUGAUAAUCAUUCUUGUGCAUUUAUCGCAUCAGCCAUUGAUGGAGUCCGAGUCUUGGAGUGGGGGAGUCGGAGAGGGGUGCUGUUUGUGAAGACGACAAAGCUGGGACUCAGCCCUGGAAUUUAUAACCCUCCAUUGCAGGAGAGGGCCAUGGGCAAUGGGCCAAAAUACCAGGUGCUUAGAAUUCGCUGCCGAAGGCAGGCUGAGGAAUUUGAGAGGCUCUAGAGUUUGAGCCCGAAGUACAUCUCACUUAAGGCUUCCAGCCCCUGAAAACUGCCCCAGACUCAUGCGAUGGUCCCCCCCACCUCCAUCGGUGCUCAGGGCUAGGAGUUGGGAGGAGGUAGGAGGAAGCUUGAGGUCAUCCCUGUGUGUGGUUUCUCCUCCAGAACCUCUGCGGGUCUCCCCACCCAGGGCCGGCAGACUAGCAGGAAGUCCUCCUCCUGGGACUUUCCUGGGUCCCUAAGAGGCAGAUAAUACGUCUGUUCACAAGGGAAAGUCCAAAGCGUGUGUGUCUGAGGGUCUCUCUCCAUCUCAAAGUGCGGGGGCCUGCCUGAGCCUGACUGGGAGGCUGGGGGUUAGCUGGAAUUCCUGUUGUUUCCCUUCCUCUUGCUCAAGGAUUCAGGGCUGGGGAGUGUACUCCGUUUUUUUCUUUUUUUUUUUGAGGUCUGGCUCCCCGGCUCUCACAGCUGCCGCCCACCUCUCUCCCCCUGGGCCUGGGAGAGUGGGGGCUGAGCACAUGUUUGGCUGAUGACAUCUUGAGGCAACAGAACGUUAUUGUUGUUGGAGACUGGGACCAUCAGUGGUUCCACUCAUCCCCGUCCAGUCUCGGGACCCUGGGGCUGGGGGAGCUGGGCAGGAGCACAGAGAGGCCCCUGGGGCUUGGAAGUCAUGGCGGAGGCAGAGGGGAGGACCUGGGCUGGAGCCAGGGCUGCUCCCCGGUAUCUUCUCUGUCCCUAUGUCUUAGCAACGUCUUAUGGGCCUUCUCUCACAGCCUUGGGCUAGGAAAGCCUGAUUCACCACUCAGAGGGCUACUCUCCCCUCUUCCUGAUGUCCCCUGUCAGAUUUCACAGUUUUCUGGAUCCUCUUUUUCCGGGACACCAGGGCCCUGGAACCUUGAUUCCCCUACUGGGUGGCUACUCCCCGGAAGGACCUUAAAGUGUCGGAAGGGGAGUGUCCAAAGCAGUGUGAUCACUCAGCUUUAAGGGGAAAUCUGUGGGCGGCUGGACAUACAUGCGCUGACCAUGUAAGUGAGGACAACAUGGCCAGGAUCUGGGAGUCUCCGCUCUUGCUAGCCGCCAAAGAGAACGACAUCCAGGCUCUGAGCAAGCUGCUCAAGUAUGAGGCCUGUGAUGUCCACCAGAAAGGAGCCAUGGGGGAGACGGCAUUGCACGUAGCCGCCCUCUAUGACAACCUGGAGGCCGCCACGGUGCUGAUGGAGGCUGCCCCGGAGCUGGUCAAGGAGCCCAUGACAUCUGAGCUGUAUGAAGGUCAGACGGCCCUGCACAUAGCGGUCAUGAACCGGAACGUGAACCUCGUGAAAGCCCUGCUCGCCCAAGGGGCCAGCGUCUCUGCGAGGGCUAUAGGCUCCGCCUUCCGCCUCACUCCUCACAACCUCAUCUACUUUGGGGAGCACCCUCUGUCCUUUGCCGCCUGCAUGGGCAGCGAGGAGAUUGUGAGGCUGCUCAUUGAGCACGGUGCUGACAUCCGGGCCCAGGACUCCCUGGGAAACACAGUGUUGCACAUCCUCGUCCUCCAGCCCAACAAAACCUUUGCCUGCCAGAUGUACAACCUGCUGCUGUCCUACGACAGGCAAGGGGACCACCUGCAGUCCCUGGACCUCAUGCUCAAUCACCAGGGCCUCACCCCCUUCAAGCUGGCCGGAGUGGAAGGCAACACUGUGAUGUUCCAGAACCUGGUGCAGAAGCAGAAGUACAUCCAGUGGACAUGUGGACCGCUGACUUCCACUCUCUAUGACCUCACGGAAAUCGACUCCUCAGGGGAGGAGCUAUCCCUGCUGGAACUUAUCGUCACCUCCAAGAAGCGGGAGGCUCGCCAGAUCCUAGACCAGACGCCAGUGAAGGAGCUGGUGACCCUCAAGUGGAAGAGAUAUGGGCGGCCGUACUUCUGCAUGCUGGCAGCCAUGUACCUGCUGUACAUCGUCUGCUUCACCAUGUGCUGUGUGUACCGCCCCCUCAAGCCCAGGACUGACAAUGAAACUGACCCCCGGGACAACACCAUCUGGGAGCAGAAGCUACUUCAGGAGGCCUAUGUGACCCACCAGGACCACCUCCGACUGGUGGGGGAGCUGGUGAGCGUCUUUGGAGCUGUCGUCAUCCUGUUCAUAGAGAUUACAGACAUCUUCCGAGUGGGGCUCAGUCGCGUCUUCGGACAGACCAUCCUUGGAGGACCAUUCCACGUCCUCUUCAUCACCUAUUCCUGCAUGGUGCUGGUGACCAUGGUGAUGCGGCUCACCAACACCAGCGGGGAGGUGGUACCCAUGUCCUUCGCCCUGGUGCUGGGCUGGUGCAGCGUCAUGUACUUUGCGCGAGGAUUCCAGAUGCUGGGCCCCUUCACCAUCAUGAUCCAGAAGAUGAUUUUUGGCGAUCUGAUGAGAUUCUGCUGGCUGAUGGCCGUGGUCAUCCUGGGCUUUGCCUCGGCCUUCUUUAUCAUCUUCCAGACAGAGGACCCCAAUGAGCUGGGCCAUUUCUACAGUUACCCCAUGGCGCUGUUCAGCACCUUUGAGCUGUUCCUCACCAUCAUCGACGGCCCCGCCAACUACGACGUGGAUCUGCCCUUCAUGUACAGCAUCACCUACGCUGCCUUCGCCAUCAUCGCUGCUUUGCUCAUGCUCAACCUCCUCAUUGCUAUGAUGGGUGACACUCACUGGCGUGUAGCCCAUGAGCGGGAUGAGCUCUGGAGAGCACAGGUGGUAGCCACCACUGUGAUGCUAGAGAAGAAGCUGCCGCGUUGCCUGUGGCCUCGCUCGGGGAUCUGCGGGCACAAGUUUGGGCUGGGGGACCGCUGGUUCCUGCGGGUGGAAGAGAAACAGGAUAUCAACCAGCAGCGUGUCCGGCGCUAUGCCCAGGCCUUCUGCCAUCCAGGCUCAGAGGACGACACGGAAAGACUGUGGCUGGGUGGCCCCUUCGGCACCCACCUGUCGCUUCUUACCCCCUCAGUGUCUCGAAGUACCUCCCGCAGCAGCAUCAACUGGGAGAGGCUGCGGCAAGGGACCCUGAAGAGAGAGCUGAGGGGGGUGGUCAACAAGGCUCUGGAGGACGGGGAGGGCUGGGAGUACCAGAUCUGAGCUCUCUUCCCGCCUCCCGCCUCCCACCAAAGUCCAGAUCUCUCACCUGCCAGGUCAGGGGCGGGGUGGGGGGGGGGUAGAAGAGAAUAGAGGGGAAACCGAGGAGCAGGCUCACACCUCACCCCAAGCACAGGGCCCAGCGCGAAUAGGGACCCAGCUUCACCCACCCUGGCCUUACCGCCCUGUCUGAGCAAAGCACUUUACAAAAGGCCGGGAUGCCACCUCGGGCACCAGCCUCCAUCCAGGGUCACAGCUGCAGACAGCCGCGGAGGUUCGGGAGGUGUACCGAGCAGAUGGGUACUGCUGGGAGGGUGUGGGGUGUGAUACCGCCUUCCACCUUCCAAUAAAGUCACUUCCUGUUCGCC